AGAACGGACUUCUCGUUACAUGUACUAAAUUAGAUAUACUUACCUAACACUCAUGUCGCGAAAAGUCGCUCUAGUAACUGGCUGCUCAAAAGGCGGGAUUGGCUUCCAUUUAUGUGAGCGUUUUGCGGAGCAAGGAUGCACUGUGUAUGCCACAUCCCGUAGGCUGGAGACAAUGGACGGCUUCAAGCAUUCCGUAGAAAAGCGUGCCAUGGAUGUGACCAGCGACGACGAUGUGAAACUGGUUGUACAAUCCAUUCUGGAAGAGCAGGGAAAAAUCGACAUCGUUGUGAACAAUGCUGGUGCUAUAGCCAUCGGACCGUUGCUCGAUGUAUCGUUAGAUCAGGCUAGAAAGGCUUUUGAGACCAACACAUUCUCGGUUUUGCGGGUUGCACAGGCAGUCGCACCCUCCAUGGUGGAACGCAAGCAAGGGGUUAUCGUCAAUAUUGGAUCGAUUGCAGGACACAUCUCUGGUCCAUGGGCCGGAUUAUACUGCGCAGCUAAGGCGGCAGUUCACGCGCUCAGUGAUACCCUGGCUAUGGAAUGUAAACCCUUCGGUGUUAAAGUGAUUCUAGUAGCACCAGGCGGCAUUCAAUCGAAUAUCAGUGCCAACCAGGCGGCUACCCUUAAAUUAUCCCCCACGUCCAUCUACAAGCCUUACUUUGAUCGGGUAUACGAAUGCAUGUAUGCCAGCCAAGCCAAAGGGAGCAUGCCUACUGAUGAAUUUGCACGCCAUGUGGUUGCAAAGGCGCUGAGCCCCAACCCUCCGACAUAUAUGUCACUUGGGAGCAACUCGCGCAUUGUCGCAUUCCUCCACUGGCUCCCCCAUUGGCUUCUCCUAUGGAUCGUUGGAUCGAUAGCGGUGUGGAAGAAGACCUGAGCUAUCUGCGUAGCCACCACCUAACACCACAUGCUAUGGACAGGAAGGAAUGACGGGGACGACUCAGGUGACUAUGGAUUGGGGUGCCAAUGUCCUCCUGAUUGAGCCAUGACGGACCUUGGAUAGACAUGUUAGUCGGUCAAGAUUUUAAUUACAAGAUCGAAGCACUGGCGGGCCUAUGGCAGAGACUGUGACACAGCGUAAGAUGCACGACUCGGAAACC